CAGUUCAUGUAGAAGCUGUGUCGUUCGUACGUGGCACAGGACUCGAGCCUCACAAUCAGAGUGCAGACCAGCGGAACGACAGCUACAAGAGACUCAAAGACAAUGGCGGGCUUAGGACGCUUUUUCCUGUUCGGCGUGGCGCUGGUGGUGGCCAUCGUGGCACUGGCGUGGCCGCAGAUCGAGCAGCAGCUCAUUGCUAGCGGCUACAGCUGCCCGUACCCCUUCUCCAUCCUCAUCACAGGCAAAGGCGCCGAGAAGGAGGCAGCGGCUGAGGCCGAGGGGCUGCCCAAGUAUACGCUGGACCAGCUGCGCAUGUAUGACGGCUCGGAUGAGGAGAAGCCGAUUUUGUUGGCUGUUGGCGGCAAGGUGCUGGACGUGACAUCAGGCGCCAAGUUCUACGCCAAGGGCAAGUCUUACAACCAGUUCGCCGGAACGGCCUGCACGCGUGCUCUGGCACUAGGCUCGCUCAAGAAGGAGGACAUCAGCGACGACGUCUCGGACUUCAACGACAAGAAAAAGAAGGAACUCGAAGAAACCAAGGAGUUCUAUUACGAGAAGUACCCUAUCGUCGGAGAGCUGGCUUAAUACUGCAGAUCUCUGCUGCCAUCAACGCGGAAACGCUGCAUCAUUUUGGUAGAACUUUGUGCUUGUGAUGGCUCAUUUUGUCUACAGCCAGUCAAUACAUGUGAUAAACGACCUUGCAUGAAACACACACUUGUAUGACUACAGGUGAUAUGGUAGC